CUGAGGGAAGGGCAGCUACAGAGACAGUCAGCAGCACACCGACUGGAAAGGACACGGCGAGCUCUGAUAAUGUGCAGUCAAGCACAAAGAAAGUGCAAUCAACAUCCAAAGUGUACAAGGAACUCAUCAAUGUUGACGCUGUAAGCGGGUCACAGUAUAGUUGUUUGAAGUUGUACCGAGGGUUGACUAAGAUAUAAAAACUCGAUUUCGCGGCUACAAAGUUUAAAGUAGACGAUAAUGACUGCAAUAAGGCCACCUGUAGAUAUUGUGAUGUGAUAGCUAUAAGAAGUAUGUUUGGAGCCGUAAGAACGCUAAUAACGCCAUCAUUCAUUACGAAAAAGCACGCUAAAGAGUGGUAUGAUGAUAUUAGCAAGUUAGUCACUAGACAACUGGAGAAGCAAGUGAACAAGAAUGGGCGGCAGCAGAGUAUUAUGGGUUUUGGUUCUUCCAGCAACCGACCACUUAUGAAAUAUAAUUCUGCUAAGAGAUCAGCAGACUUAUUUUGGGUGCGAUGUAUUGCAAAAAAAAUGAUCUUCCUUUUAAACUUGGAAAGAAACCCAAGCUUAGGGAAUGGAUCAACACUGGCGGUGCCUACGAAUGUUCACUCUCAAAACACACCUACGACACCUGAUACUAUACGGAAGUAUUUACCGAUAUUAGAAAAUGCUAUCAAAAAGAAUGCUCUCACCCAAUGGAAAGAAGCGCUGCAACUUUAUGCAGUACCAUUCGCUGCACUCGAGAAUGACGUUUGGAAAGAUGCCACGGGCGUCAACUACUUGGGAUCUAUUCUACAUUGGACUGUACCUAACAAAACCAAUAAGUCGGAUCCAGACCGAAUAUAUGUAUUCAUAGAACUAAAGAAGAUAAUUGGGUCACACACUGGGGAAAACUUGGCUGUAUGGCAGCGGGAAGUGCUAGAAGGCUGGCGGUUUCUAGAUCCACUCGAAAAUACAGCAUUUCGAGCUGGAAAGAAAGAUAGUGUUAAUGGUAAACUAGACAUGCGACAGAUAAUACAUAGUGCGACACCUGAUAUUGCAUCCAAUGUGCAGAAGGCCCUGAGGCUAUGUACAAAUGUUGUGUUAGGCUGCAGUACACAUCGUGUAGCAUUAGUAUUGAAAAUUGCUAUUGGAGGUUUGUUAGUGACAGCAACCAACAAAAUGCGAGAGUUAUUCGAGUCCAACAAAAAGAGACUGCACAAAGAAAGUGUAAAAAAUCAACUUGAUAUCUUUGAGACUCUUCUAGACGCAAACAACCAGGAAGCCAUGAACGAUGUGAAUACACCAGCUUUCGAUAGUAAACCCGUAUCCGACAUGUUGUUGUACUUUUGUGCAACCAGAUCAGCGUUCACGACCAAGAGCGCCAAAGGUGUGGACAAAUUAGUAGGUGCACAAGAAGUCUUAAACUAUGAAAAGUUCACCAGGGCUAUUUCAAAUGGUGGGGUACGCUGGAUUAGCGUGUAUUUAAUGGUCAAGAGAGACGAUCUAAAUUGUCCUGCAAUCCAGGCCUUAAUAGAUGAUCUUAAAGAGAGUUUGCCAGGGACUGAUAGUCUGUGGGGCACCGCAAGAAGAAAGAUUCAAAGAGAUAAACUAAAAAGCACAAAAUAUAUACGCACGAAGUACGGCGAGAAUUCUUAGCAAGUACUCGCCCAUUGAUGCAGUGCCAGAUGAAUGUACAAUCCGCGAACGGCAGCUUGGCGGAUUCCAUGAAACAUGUACUCGAUUGUAAACUCCUUUUGGGGGAUGAUAUUAGUAUCGAAGUGGCUAAAUCAUCG